UUCAAUUUAUUACUUGAAAAAGUUUGCUCUUGCUCAUCUGCAGCCAUGAAAUUCUCAAUCAUUGCCGCUCUUGUCGUUCUGCUGGCUGUUGCCCAUGGCACUGAGGCCGGGUCACUGGUGAAGCGUGACGCACAGACUAACUUGUCCCAGAUGACCAAGCUCAUCAAGGACAUGUCAGCCAGCAUCACCAGCGCAACCCAGGACAUGGUGGACAAGGUCAAGGCUCUGGAGAUGACCAACACUGCCCAAACUUACGCAGAGAACGGCAGGUCCCAGAUCCAGCCUCUGGUUGACAAGGUAAUGGCCGAGGCCACCAAGCUGCAGGAUCAGGUCAAGCCCUUAGUCAGCAACAUUGAGGAGCAGAUCAGGCCCAUAAUGGAAAACUUCAACACUCAGGUCAAGCCUCUGACCGACAACUUCUACGGCCAGGUCAAGCCUCUGACCGACAUUAUGGAGAAGUUCUUCCAGCAGGUGAUGGACAGCACCAAGACCCUGCCGGCCCCCCAGUAAAGCGUAUUGCUGGUUCUGCCCAAAACACUUCCCUGGUGUUUAUCUGUCGUACUCCUCUCGGUCUUUGAGCCAUCUGACAUGUGAUGCUUGUAUGUCGUCAUUAAA